UUCUGAUCACUAUCCAUAGCCGCAGUUGACACAGCGCAGUCAGAGAGAUAAGAAAAUCUCUCUCUCUUUCUCUCUCUCUAGCUUCUUGGAGAUGGGUUUCUCUUCCACAACCAGUGUGGUCUGUUGUUCUCUGGGAUGGAAAUCUUCAAGCUUGUUCCUUCAAUUCGGGUUAAACUCUAGCUGCCACACUGGACCUCUCUUUCCUCCUAAAAGAAAAUGCCUCCCUAAAGAGUUCAAUGUAGCAUGCUCUUCUUCCCCUUCUUCUGAUCCACUUUUGGUUAAGGCUGCAAGAGGAGAACCUGUAAGACGACCUCCAGCAUGGAUGAUGCGCCAGGCGGGAAGGUAUAUGGCUGUUUAUAGAAAGCUUGCCGAGAAAUAUCCAUCCUUCAGAGAGAGGUCAGAGACAACUGAUCUCAUUGUUGAAAUCUCUUUGCAGCCUUGGGAAGCUUUCCAUCCUGAUGGAGUGAUUAUCUUCUCUGACAUACUGACCCCUCUACCUGCCUUUGGUGUCCCAUUCGACAUAGAAGAAGUAAGGGGUCCUGUUAUCCAGUCACCUAUUCGUUCUGAAGAGGGACUGAAGGCUCUGCAUCCCAUUGACUUAGAGAAAGUUCAUUUUGUGGGGGAAUCCCUUAGGAUAUUGCGCCAGGAGGUUGGUGGACAUGCUGCUGUUUUAGGUUUUGUAGGAGCACCUUGGACAAUAGCUACAUAUAUAGUGGAAGGGGGUACAACGCGUACUUAUACAACCAUAAAGAGCAUGUGCCAUACUGCCCCACAUGUAUUGAGAGCUCUUCUUUCUCAUUUGACACGGGCAAUAUCAGACUACAUUAUUUUCCAAGUGCAGUCUGGGGCUCAUUGCAUACAAAUUUUUGAUUCAUGGGGCGGGCAACUACCACCUGAUAUGUGGGAAAGCUGGUCAAGGCCUUAUAUUGAAGAGAUUGUAAGUACAGUAAAGAAUAAAUGUCCUCAAACACCACUUGUUCUCUACAUCAAUGGAAAUGGUGGCCUUCUUGAGCGUAUGAAAGGGACUGGUGUGGAUGUGGUUGGGCUUGACUGGACAGUAGACAUGCAAGAUGGGAGGAAACGAUUAGGUGGGGAGAUCAGUGUACAGGGCAAUGUCGACCCUGCUUACUUAUUUUCUCCUCUACCUGCUCUGACAGAAGAAAUUCAAAGGGUUGUGAAGUGCGCAGGUCGAAAGGGGCACAUUCUUAAUUUAGGGCACGGUGUUCUCGUUGGGACCCCUGAAGAAGCCGUUGCACAUUUUUUUGAAGUUGCAAGAAGCUUGAAUUUUGAUGCAUCUUUUCAAGAUCAACCAGUGGAGGAUUCUAAAUUGGUAGUUUGAGGAUGAUAUUCAUUUAGCAAAUUAGCACAAGCCAGCUGUUUUGUUUUAGUAAUUGGAUUUUUGUUAAUUCACACCUUAUUCUAUUCCUUUGGCUCCCAUGCUUAAUCUCACAUUAGCUCUGAGGCUCUGUACA